AUGAAACUUGCGACUAACAUCUAUCUAUCUAUCUAUCUAUCUAUCUAUCUAUCUAUCUAUCUAUCUAUCUAUCUAAGUCUGCUCAAUAUCUAUCUAAGUCUGUUCAAUAUCUAUCUAUCUAUCUAUCUAUCUAUCUAUCUAUCUAUCUAUCUAUCUAUCUAUCAUAGUCACUACAUAAAUAUAUUGUCAGAAAUUAUAUUUAUCUUUCUUUCUUUCUUUUCAGUGUCCGAUAAUUCAUUCUUUAUUUCUUUUCUUACUUUUUCUUUCUCAGCUUUCAAACUCUUUCUUAUUUGCACUUUUUUCUUUAUCACUUUUUUUCAUUUUUUUCUUUUCUUACUUUUUCUUUUCUAUCCUUUACUCUCUCUCUCUUCUUUUGGUUUGUGUUAUUUAUUACUUUUUUCUUUCUUUUUUGAUUUUGUUGAUUUUUCUUUCACUUUUUUCUUUCUUUCUUAUCUUUGUGACACAUUCUUUCUUUUUUUCUUUACUUUAUUUAAUUUCUUUCUUUCUUUCUUUUUUCGUCAUACUUCUUUUGUUUUUGCCUUGUAUUUUCUUUCUUUUUUCCUUAUACUCUUAUACUUUCUCUCUUUUUUUCCUUAUACUGUCUUUCUUUCUUUCUUUCUUUCUUUCUUUCUUUAUUUAUUUAUUUAUUAUACUUUCAAAACACGUUUUCUUUCUUUUUCGUUCUACUUUCUUUCUUUUUUCUUUCUAUCUAUCUUUCUUUCUUUCUUUCUUUCUUUUAUCGUUCUACUUUCUUUCUUUUUUCUUUCUAUCUAUCUUUCUAUCUAUCUUUCUUUCUUUCUUUCUUUCUUUUAUCGUUCUACUUUCUUUCUUUUUUCUUUCUAUCUAUCUAUCUUUCUUUCUUUCUUUCUUUCUUUCUUUUAUCGUUCUACUUUCUUUCUUUUUUCUUUCUAUCUAUCUUUCUUUCUUUCUUUCGUUUUUCGUUAUACUGUAUUUCUUUCUUUCGUUCUUUUUUUGUUUCUUAUACGUUCUUUCUUUUUCUUUUUUCGUCAUUCUUUCUUUUUUCCUUAUACUUUCUUUCUUUCUUUCUUUCUUUCUUUCUUCACAUUGUUUACAUCUGAUUCCCUUUUAAUUCCCGCCUAUCACGUUCACUCUCCCUAUUUUCACUCCCUCUUAUUCCCGCACUUUUUCCCACUUUCAAAUACCCCUCGAAGAUCAUCUUUCAUCUUUAUGUCCAUAUCACACCUUCAGGAGAUCUAA